CGUCAGUUUAGAUCGCUCGACAACAGCGUUUACGCAUUUCAAGAAAGCCGGAUCCCAUUGGGUUUCCGUCCGAAAAAACAUUUUCAUCAAACCCAAACGGUUCACCACAAAACACACCCACAAAUCCAAAUCGAAAGAUGGAUUCUAUGGUACGGUAUGUCUCGCCGGUGAACCCGGCCGUAUUCCCGCACCUUGCCGGUGUGCUGCUGCUGUUUGGCACGUUCUUCACCGCCUGGUUCUUCGUGUUUGAAGUGUCCCGUCCGAAGCAACCGACGAAGGAUAGUGUAAUCUUCAAGGAGCUAGCAAUCAGUCUGUUUGCGUCACUGUUCCUCGGGUUCGGCGUCCUGUUUCUGCUACUUUCGGUCGGAAUAUAUGUGUAACUGUGACACUGCAGUCGCUACAAUUUCUGGCAGGAGUCUAAAAGCUAUCCAAAAAUGCGAAGAAAUCCUCAACAUUCUAUACCUUUAAGCACCUGGACAUGUCACGCGCUCCGACAGCGCGCCUGUCCGUACUGCGUGUACAUCUGAUUGCCAAGCGCUGAGCAAAAGAACACAUAAUUCUAUGCUGAUCGUAUGAAGCACAUGCAAUUUAUUCGAAAAACUAAAAUGUGGAUGUUUUUACUUGUAAGCUACAACUCGUCGUAAGAAAUACAAAAAAAGAGACAAAAA